AUGGCUCCUUCUUUUUGUGCCUCCUUCUUUUUCUCUCUUUCGCUAGCAAUCCUGUGGAUUUGCCCAACAUAUGCUCGGCUAAGUGUGAAGGUAUCAGAAAAUGAGCUUAAAGUGAUUUGCUCUUCUCACGAAGACCCUCCUUUCUGUUUGCAAGCCCUCAAAUCUGAUCCUCAUACACCCCUUGUCGAUCUUGUUGGCCUUACCAAUAUUUCAAUUCACUUGGUAGAUGUUGCUGCUAAUAAAACCCUUGCCCUUAUUCGCUCACUCAUCAAGACUGCAGACCCCGAAUUGAAAAAGCAUUUAGACGACUGCCUCGAAAUGUAUGAUAUUACUAUUAGCGAAACAGAAGAUGCAAAAACUGCGUUGAAAGCUCAUGACUACGAAACGGUAAAUGUUGCAUCUGAUAGUUGCAUGACUAAUGCUGAAACUUGUACUGAUACAACAACUAGUGCACCGCCUCUCCAACAAGAGAAUAAACAUAUGCGUUAUCUCUGUGAGACAUUUGUAGUUGUUUCUAAUCAUCUUUUAUGA